AUGCCAGCAUACAGACUGGAAGUAGCCAACGCAGCUAGAGCUCAAUGCAACGGGCCAAAGCCAUGUAAAGGAACGAAGAUCGGGAAGGGCGAGCUGAGACUUGGUGUAUGGGUGGAAAUUCAAGAUAGAGGCAGUUUCAAGUGGAAACACUGGGGAUGUGUCUCUGAAAAGGUCAUCUCAAAUCUCAAGGCUGAUUUUCCAGAUGCGUCGGAUGUCGAUGGAUUCGAAGAGCUUCCACCAAAUUUCCAAGAGAAGAUCGUAACGGCUUUCGAAGAAGGACAUGUCGCCGAUGAGGACAUCCCCGAAAGUGCUCGUAAACCACCUUCACCCGAGAAAGAAGAUGGCGAAGGAGAAGGAGAGGGACCGUCUUCAAGUCCAGCUAAGAAGAAGAAAGCCACUCCCAAGAAGAAGAAGGCAGAUCAAGAAGAAGACGGACAUGUAGAAGAGAAGAAACCUAAAAAAGCUACGAGUAAGAAAGCUAAGAAAGAGGAAACGGAAAGUGAAUUAUCGGAAGAAAAGGAAGAGAAGCCUAAAAAGAAGAAAACUCCCGCUAAGAAGGCAAAGGCUGAACCUGAAGAAGAAGAAGCCAGAGAGAAGCCAAAGCGAAGGGCUGCUACGAAGAAACCUAAAGUGGAGUCUGGAUCUGAGGCCGCAGAGGAAGAAGAGGAGAGACCGAUAUCAAAAGCUUCGAGUAAUAAACGAUCCAAGAAAGUUAAAGCUGAAUCAGAGGAUGAAGAGGAGGUCAAGCCCCCAGCUAAGAAACCCAGGAAACCUAGAUCGAAAGCUAAAGCUGAGGCGAGCGAUUAG